ACACAUUCAUAGCCUUCGUACUCGAAUUAAUUCUUCCCAAAUGUACGGUGUGCAUGCCUACCUUUUCACUUUGUUAACCAUACACAUUGUUGCAGUGAUGCUUAACGCGCUACUUGCCACCCUCAACCCACGCCAGACGAUGCGCGGCAUGGUCGACCGCGUCAGAAUGCGACCAAUCAGCUUCUCCGACGGCCCUGAAGCGCAGCCUGAGGGUGUCAGCGUAUAGGUAGAUUGAAAUGGAGUAAGCAUGAGCCCAGACGUGGAUGCGGAACUGGUAACGUACAGAGCAGAAUAUUUUAUGGGGCGUAGGAACACAGCGUCAUGUCUCCGUGGAAAAUAAAAUCAGCGCCACGUGGAACGGGCGACGCAUGACACUAUUAU